AUGCAGUGCUAUAGCGAGCUACUGCCGCCGACAGCAGUCACUCAUGCGCUAUCCUGCUCGCUGCUGAGCGCCAGCAGCAACAAUCUUGUUGUCGCAAAGACCUCCUUGCUCCAGGUCUUCAAUGUCGACCAGAAACUCUCCCUCGUGGCCGAGUAUCCUCUCGCCGGCACCGUCAUCUCGCUUGCCCGAACUAAACCGCGCGACAAUGCCAGCGGCGGCGAUGCCAUCAUUAUCGCAUUCCGAGAUGCCAAAUUGAGUCUGGUUGAAUGGGACCCAGAAAACCAUCGAAUCAGCACAAUCAGUCUUCACUACUACGAGGGCGACAACGUCAUCACGCCUCCAUUCGGACCUACACUCGCCGAAUCUGAGAGCAUCUUAACCGUCGACCCGAGCUCGAGAUGCGCGGCAUUGAAGUUCGGCGCCAGGCAACUGGCUAUCCUGCCUUUCCGCCACUUUGGGGAUGAACUAGCGGGCGAAGAGGAAGAAGAUGGAUUUGAGAAUGAGCCCAUGUCGGCUGUAAGCAAGCGUCGAGAAUCGACCCAUCUCAACGGCGAAGAGGAGCAAACACCAUACAAGGCUUCUUUCGUGCUGCCUCUCACAGCUCUUGAUCCAACUUUGAGUCAUACCGUGCAUUUGGCGUUUUUGCACGAGUACAGAGAACCGACUUUCGGCAUACUUUCCGCGCCAAUGGAGCCCUCAAACGCGCUUCUCGAAGAACGAAAGGACGUCUUGACAUACACUGUCUACACUCUCGACUUGGAGCAGAGAGCGUCCACAAAUCUCAUCACUGUUCCAAAGCUUCCCUCAACACUUUGGAAGGUGAAACCUCUACCCCUACCAAUCGGUGGCGCACUACUAGUCGGCACAAAUGAGCUGGUGCAUGUUGAUCAAAGCGGGAAGGCCAACGCCACUGCAGUCAAUGAGUUCGCCAAGCUGGAAAGCGACUUUGGCAUGUCGGAUCAAUCCCAUCUCAAUCUUAAGUUAGAGGACUGCAGCAUUGAGACCAUUGACCCCAAAUCGGGUCAACUUCUGCUCGUGACCAGUGAUGGCGCAUUGGCAAUCAUCGAGUUCAAGUUGCUAGGCCGUAGCAUAAGCGCAAUAAAUGUCACGCCAGUUACUGAAGACAAUGGUGUCACUUCUCUCAGUGCUGCGCCCUCGUGCAUUGCGAAUCUAGCAAACGGUAGUGUCUUUAUUGGUAGCGAGGAUGGCGCGUCAUCGCUGAUGGGCUGGUCCCAGCCUACAGCUCCACUUACCAGGAAACGCUCUCAUGCUCAAAUGCUAGGUAAAGAUGGCGACGAGGAAGAUGAAGACGCCAUAGAAGAGGAUGACGACGACCUGUACGAUGCUGCACCAGAGGCAAAGAAGCGCGCAGUAUCUGACACCGAGCUUGGUUCGUCAAAUGCCGCGUACCAAUUCGAGAUUCGAGACCAUCUGCAGUCUCUUGGACCUAUACAUCGAAUGUGUGUCGGUCGGCAAGGCAAGAGCAGCGACAAGUUACAGCUUGCUGCUGCCACAGGUCGAAAGCAGUCUGGCAGACUCACUCUGCUGAAUCGCGAUGUCGUGCCUACUCCAGGUCGCGCUAGCAGAUUUGAGAACGCGAAGAGUGCAUGGGCCGUUCGUGCCCAUCAAGCUGGAGACGAGUCUACCUUGGACAACAAGCUUUUCGUGUUCGAAGGCGCCAACACAAAAGCUUACGAAAUUUCUUCUGCCGAUGAACAUUUCGUUGAGGACAGGUAUCCAGAACAUGCCAAGUCAGAGUGGGAAAGCGAGGGAGAGACUUUAGAGGUCGUGGCCCUCGCUGACGGCAAGAUCAUAGUCCAAUUUCGCAAGCAGGAGGUGCGAACGUACGAUGCGAACUUGGCCAUGAAUCAAAUUCUGCCCAUGGAAGACGAAGCAGAGAAUGAGCUAAACAUCGUCCACAUCGCAGUCUGCGAUCCAUACGUACUGGUCAUUCGUGACGACAGUAGCAUUCAGAUUCUCUCGGUCCAGGGCAACGAGCUGGAACCACUCGAAGCUGAAGGAAGCGUGGCAGAGAAGAAGUGGCUCACUGGAUCGCUUUACGCCGGCACAUUGACGCAAGGGUCUGCUGCGGUUUUCCUGCUCAAUGCUGAUGGCGGUCUGCAUGCUUUCGCUUUACCUGAUCUUCAACCUUUGUUCGCCAUUCCCACCCUACCUCACCUUCCACCAGUGAUUGCCGUCGACGCGGCGCAGCGUAGGGCCGGUACCAGAGAGACAUUGACGGAGGUGCUCGUCUCCGAUCUUGGUCAACAUGGUGUCACGCAGCCGUACCUGGUCCUUCGAACAGCUAUGGACGAUGUUGUACUUUACGAACCUUUUCACUAUCCUCAAACAUCAGGACGGAAGUCCUGGCACCAAGACUUGCGAUUUCGGAAGGUUCCCUUUUCCCACAUACCCAAAUACAGCGAAAGCAUUGCAGAGUCACAGAGCGCCCGUCCGCCACCCCUCAAGAGCGUCAAGAUCGAUACCUACAGUGCAAUUGCGAUUCCUGGCGCCCCGCCUUGUUUGCUGCUGAAGGAGCCUUCGACUCUACCCAAGGUCCUAGAGAUUAGACAAAGUGCAGAACUCAAUCGUCUGAGCAUGCUUUGCCCAAUCAACCGAGUGGGAUGCGAGAAUGGCUUCUUUAUGAUUAAUGCCGAUGAGGAGCUGGAGGAGCAGCAACUUCCUCUGAACACGUGGUACGGCACAGGGUGGAGCGUACACCAAGUCCCCAUUGGACAUCCAAACCAGAUUGAGGACGUUCGGCGUAUCGCUUAUCAUGAAGAGAGAGGACUCUACGUAGUGGCUACGUGCAGAGAGGUCGACUUUUACUUUGCCGAAGAGGACGGGCGACAUCCUGAACAAGAUGACAUUACGCUUCGACCCAAAGUACCGCAAUACAACGUGCAUCUCAUCUCGGCAAUUUCACACCACAUCAUUGACACCGUUCAUAUGCCAUACCUAGCAGCAAUCACCGACCUACAAGUCAUGAUGCUCGAGGCAUCCGAGAACACGCAUGAACAGAAGCCGCUGGUUGUGGUAUCUGCUGCUGCACAACGUGGCGAAGACAUGCCUGCGAAAGGCACUCUAUACGUCUACGAUAUCAUCGACGUGGUCCCAGAUCCAGACAUUGCCGAAUCUGGCGUCAAACUGCACCAGCUCGCGCGAGAAGAAAAUAGAGGUGCCAUUACGGCGCUCGCCGGACCUUUCCCUGGUGGCUUCAUCGGCACAGCUCAAGGACUGAAGGUGAUGAUUCGGGGCAUGAAGGAGGACGGAUCGUGCCUACCCGUUGCAUUCCUUGACGCGCAAAGCUAUACCCACGUGCUCAAGACCCUUCCAGGUCGUGGUAUGUGGCUAGCUGGAGACGCAUGGAAAGGACUCUGGUUCGGAGGCUUCACUGAGGAGCCUUACCGAGUCACCGUGCUCGGAAAAGCCCCAAAGAUGCAUAUGGAAGUCAUGUCUGCAGAAUUCUUGCCCUUCGAUGGAGCACUCUACAUCGUGGUCCUCGAUGCCGAUUGCGACAUGCAUGUCCUGCAGUACGAUCCCGAGAAUCCAAAGAGUCUGAACGGCAUGAGACUGCUCCAUCGAAGCACUUUCCACAUCGGCCACUUUACCACGAAUAGCAUGCUGUUGCCUUCGACUUUGGCCUCCUUCGCAGCCCAGCAACACGAGAUGAUGAACGGCGGUUCCAAGGCCGAGGUAAAGCCAGAUCCUUUACAGCAUGUCCUCACUUCCUCAACAUCUGGUGCUAUCGGUCUCAUCACCCCUCUCGAUGAACAAGCAUAUCGACGCUUGUCGGCACUACAGACACACCUGACCUCAAUCUUGGAGCACGCGGCUGGUCUAAACCCUCGAGCUUACCGAUCAAUUGAAUCAGAAAGUUUCGGCGGUGCUCGCGGUGUGGUCGAUGGUCUGCUUGUGAGAAGAAUCCAUGAACUUGGCGCUGCUCGCAGAGCGGAUGUUCUCGGUAGAGCAGGUGUCAGUGCUUGGGGGUUGAGAAGUGAUUUGGAGAUUAUUGGAGGCGGUGGG